AUGAGUGAAAUGGAGGAAAAUUGUAAUUUGGAUGAUCCAAGACCACAUGUGAAUAUUAGUUUGCCAUGGCCUGUUUACAAUUCACAUUUUAAAGUUAAUAAAAUACUUAACGAUAAUGACUAUGAUUUACACAAAACUUUUGAAGUUUCUUGCAAUCAUUGCGUUACAAGAAAAACUUUAACUGCGGAUUCAAGAUCCAUGUCCAAUCUUCGUAAACACUUAAAGCUUAAACAUAGUCAUGUAAAAACUGUAAAAGAACUACUGAUGCCAAAUAUGAAUGUAUCUGUAAAUUGUAUAAGAAAAGAAAUUGAUGGAACUGAUAAACAUGACACCAGCAUCGAAUCAAAUGUUAAAAAAAUCAAAUUUAACACAACACAGACAUCUUUGAAAAGCUUCAUACGUUCAAAAGAUAAUAACAUAAGUUUAGUUUCUCAAGGUAAAUAUGUACUAGAGUAA